AUGGAAGAUUCCCACAAGAGUCACACUUUAGAGGCAGAGCUGCAGCCUGGUUCAACAGUUCAGGGAGCUCGUAUUUCUCAUAUUGCUCAACAGGUAUCAUCUUUAUCAGAAAGUGAGGAGUCUCAGGACACGUCAGACAGUACAGGCUCCUCACAGAAAGCCCACAGGAUUCUAGCACGGCACCCAUCUUACAAAAAAAAUUUGAAAGCUUCUGAAGAUACACGGGGCAGAAAAGGAGACAGAGAAAACCCUGGAGUUUCUGCUGUCACUUCUAUGUCUGUUCCAACUCCCAUCUAUCAAACUAGCAGUGGACAGUACAUUGCCAUUGCCCCAGAUGGAGCCUUACAACUGGCCAGUCCAGGCACAGAUGGAGUACAGGGACUUCAGACAUUAACCAUGACAAAUUCAGGCAGUACUCAGCAAGGUACAACAAUUCUCCAGUAUGCCCAGACCUCUGAUGGACAGCAAAUACUUGUGCCCAGCAACCAGGUGGUUGUACAAACUGCAUCAGGAGAUAUGCAGACAUACCAGAUCUGUACCACACCAUCAGCUCCUUCGCUGCCCCAGACUGUGGUAAUGGCGACCCCUGUGACUCUCAUGUCUCAAACAGCUACGACAGGUGACCCCCAGCUGAAAAGAGAAAUAAGGCUGAUGAAAAACAGAUUCAAUGCAGUUCCAAGCAAAACCCAAACAGCUGCUCAAUGUCGCAGAAAGAAGAAAGAGUAUGUGAAAUGCCUGGAAAAUCGAGUUGCAGUCUUGGAAAAUCAAAACAAAACUCUAAUAGAAGAGUUAAAAACUCUGAAGGAUCUUUAUUUCAAUAAAAGUGUUUGA